AUAGGGUCAUCAAUAGGUAAGUUAAGGUCGUGCUUAACGGGCUGCUUAUUUGAAGCUAACUCAUAUGCAUCAUUAAUUACUCGCAUCAGCUAUUGUGCAGAGCAGGUAUGAUUCACCCGAUUCUUGAGAUAUGGACUCGCUUCCAUAGGUGAUGCGUAGCAUUGCUCAGAAAAGCGUCAACGGUGCAGUCCGACGUGCUUUGGUACCAGGCUAUUGGACUCUGGCGUCUGCAUUUUCCAUGGACUUCUACAUCACCUGCGUGCUCUGUUACAUUCUCUUUAAUCGCAGGACUGCGUUCCGACGCACCAACACCAUUCUGGAGAGGCUGAUCAUCUACACCAUUAACCGUGGUGUACUGUUGUGCUUGCUUUCGCUUCUUUGUAUUGCAUUGUAUCCAGUAGACGGCAAGCGCGGCAGUCUGUAUAGCGAAACGGUCUCUGCGCCUGAAGCAGCCUUGUAUGUCAAUUCCCUGAUGGCAGUGUACGUCCUUUAUUUUUCACGUCCGUGGUAGUCUCGUCGCUGAACUUGGAUCUUCUGCGUAA